UCGGCGCGCGGGGCGGCCCAGCGCAGAGCUGUUUCCUUCCCUCACGCAGCGGCGCCCCCGCCGAGCCCCCAAGUCCGGAGCCCGAGCCCCCAGCCCCGCGGGCGCCAUGCGGGAGCAGCUGCUGUUGUUCUGCAACUGGAGCACGCUGGGCGUGUGCGCCGCGCUCAAGCUGCCGCAGAUCUUCGCGGUGCUGGCGGCGCGCAGCGCGCGGGGCAUCAGCCUCCCGAGUUUACUUCUGGAGCUGGCGGGUUUCCUGGUGUUUCUCCAGUACCAGUGUUACUAUGAGUACCCGCUGCUCACCUACCUGGAGUACCCCAUUCUCAUCGCACAAGAUGCCCUCCUCCUGCUGUGUGUCUUCCAUUUCAAUGGGAACGUGAAAGGGGCAGCACCCUACCUCGCUGUAUUCGUGGCCUCGUGGUUCGUCCUUCCCCUGCAGAAGUGGAUCAUAGAUCUGGCCAUGAAUCUAAGUACUUUCAUCAGCACGGCCAGCAAGUUUGCUCAGCUCCAGUACCUGUGGAAGACCCGGGACUCGGGAGCCGUGAGCGUCCUGAGCUGGAGCCUCGCUUCGUACACCUGUGCGACAAGAAUAAUAACAACUUUAAUGACCACCAGUGACUUUACAAUUCUUGUGCGAUUUGUGAUCAUGCUUGCUUUGAACCUGUGGGUAACAGCCACAGUACGUCACUACAGGACGACAGUUGUAAAGGCUGAAUGAUGGAUGCGUUGCUCCAACACACAAAGUGGUUUCCUAAUAACCAAAGGGGAAAAUAAGCUCACUGCUAAAUCAAGGUCUUCUAUAAAUUUAGUCAACUGUUUCAGAAACUUUGAAGCUGGAGGUGUUUUAGACAUGAGCCACUUAGACACUUGUUUAGAAACGUUGAUUCCCUCCCUCUCCUCGGCCUCAGGAGGUGGGGGCAGGGCUCAGACACCUGCAGGUUGAGCAUCAUGAUGAAGUUCUCUCCAAAGAGCUAACUACAUCUGGUUUUCAGCUUUCAGAAUCUUGUAAGAAAUAAAUCCUCUCCAUGGCACAUUAUGAACGGAGUGGGAUUUUUCCCAAAGUCAGAAGUGGAACUGUGGUAAAUUACUAGGGUUCACUUUCUGGGACUGUUUAAUUUUAACACAGAUUUAACAGGCUGGCCUUACUGUAUCCUAAUACAAUAUAGUACCUCCUUAUGCUAUAAGGACAUCGAGGCAAGCAAAAAUUGGCUUGAGUUCGUAUACCAAAGUUAGUCCUUUAACCUCAUAUAGUGCCUUUAAGUAAUUCCUAAGGAAAGGUACUAUUAGCUGCAAUCUCUACUUAGGAUGAGGCAGUCCCAAUGAACUUUCUGAUUCAAGCAUAAUGCUGCCGUUUUUAAAAGGGUCACACCUUUAAAAACACCUUUAAAAAAAAAAAACACAAACACAUCUUGUCCAUUAAUACAUACAGUAAAGGGUAUUGCUGGGUUCUGCCCAGUUCUUAUGGAUUUCAUUCUCAUUGUAUCAUAUUCUAAACAUAAGAUUAUUGGAUAGUGCAUUUUACUAUAAAAGUUUAUAAACCCUAAAAUUUAAAAACUCUUUACCUUUAUAAUUGAAUGGCAUUAUUCUGUUAUAUGUAAUAAGUCAAUAGUGUUUGUUAGAAAAUGUUUUAGUUUCCUAUGUCAAAUAAAACUUUCAUAU